AUGCAUUACUCCAAGCUUCUUCUCGCCGCUGCUGGGGCUUUGCCUAUUGUCUCUGGCCGGGCCAUUGUUCACCAUAGCAAGACAAUUGUCGACACCACUGUCCUGCCUAAUGGCCAAAUUAUUGACUGGGUGCUAUCGGACGAGGUUGCACCUCCCACUGGGGUUGAAGACACCCUGGAUAAGGUGAUCACGCCUCUCAAUGGUCCCAAGGGAGCAGUUCCAUACCUCCGGCCCAGCACGAACAUCAACAGCAAAGUCAAGGAACUGCCUAGGCAAGACUCAGGUCUGUCUAAGCGGGUUACAAAGGGUCAUAAGUAUGCCUUCACGCAGCAGACCGUGAACAACAAGGGUGGCGGUGCAAGCUUCAGUCUUUAUGACCCGUACUUGGAGAAUGAUACGGACUUCUCCUUGAUUCAGACUGCCGUUAGCAACACUCAAGUUCGGAACACAUACUACGGUUCUAUUGUGCAGACCCUCGAGGCGGGCUGGCAAAAGUAUCCUGCCUACAACCCUUCCCCUGUUCAUUUUUUUACCUUCUUCAACACCAACGGAUACCAUGCCUUUGGCCACAACAUUUCCGGCUACAACACCGACUACGCCGGCUGGGUGCAGGUCGACAGCAAUGUGUACCCCGGCUACUCUAAGUGGACUCAUUCAGUGGACGGCGGCCAGCAGUAUGACAUUGACCUGCAGUACCGCCUCGUCGACGACAAGUGGUGGCUGGCGGUCAACGGCCGCAACAUUGGCUACUACCCAACCUGGAUGUUCAACCAGAACGUGACGACCGGGUCGUCCCUCGCGACAACGUCCAACGAGAUUUCCUUUUAUGGAGAGAUCUACAGCGACAACGACAAGACGACGAGCGACAUGGGCUCGGGUGAGUUUCCCUCGGCGGGGUACGGAAAGUCGGCGUACAUGCGCAACAUUGUGUACGCGGACACCCAAAACUCGGUGCGGAACUAUUCGGCCAACUCGAACGACAACAUCAUCACGGAUCCCGGUGUAUACAACCUGGAGACGCACUUCGAAACGGGGGGUAACUGGGGCAGUUACAUGUACCUUGGUGGUCCGGGCUAUGGCAAAAAUGUUGGCUCUUAA